UCUCGAGUUUUUGAUUCGGAUCCAUUUAAAUUUGGUUCAGUCCGCUUCGGGUCGGACCUACAAAUUUGAAGUCAGCUCAAAUAUUUGCUUCUUCACCGCCUGCACUUCCUUUCGAAGUGACUGCCAAUAAACCCCCCAAAAUCUCAUAGCGUAACCCUAACAACCCUUCAAUUUUUUCUCUUCGGAACUGUAAACUACAGCAAGUAUGACCAAAGUAUACGGAACUGGCACCUACGAUUUCCGGCGGCACCGCGUAGCUGAGUACCCGGUGGAAGCAUUACAUCAGCCGCUGGAGAAGACGGAAAAGCCGCCGGAGUCGAACAUACCUAGCUCCAUAACCCUUGCUGAGAUCCAACGCGACCGCUUGACUAAAAUUGCUGCUUCAAAUUGGGCCAAAACUGGGGAGAAGAAGCCAUUCAGUCCCGAGCUUGUUAAAAAAAUUUAUGACACGGAGCUUACUGUAACAGGGGGGAGAAAGCCGGUGCCACUGCAGAGGGUGAUGAUAUUGGAGGUUAGCCAGUAUUUGGAGAAUUAUCUGUGGCCCAAUUUUGAUCCAGAGGCUUCUUCCUUUGAGCAUGUGAUGUCAAUGAUUCUGAUGGUCAAUGAGAAGUUUCGGGAGAAUGUGUCUGCAUGGAUCUGCUUCUAUGAUAGAAAGGAUAUGUUCAGGGCAUUUCUUGAUAGGGUUCUUCGCCUGAAAGAGGGUAGAAGCUUGACAAUUCCUGAGAAAAUUAAUUAUCUACUUUUCAUGAUCAAUGCUUUCCAGAGUUUAGAAGACGAGAUAGUGAGUAAAAAGGUAUUGAGGUUAGCUGGUCUGCAGUGUUGGCAUUGCUUGUCAUAUGGUCGAUUUCAGAUGGAGCUCUGUCUUAACCCUGAUCUAAUCAAGAAAUGGAAAAAGAUUGCAAAGAGAGCCAAGGAGGCAGCGAAAAGAGGGGAAUCUUUUGAUACCUCAACCAUGCUAGAAGUGAAUUUCUUGAGACAUCUAUUCGAGGAGUUCCUUGAGGUUCUUGAUUGCAAGGUUUUUUCUCAGCCAAACGAUGAGGUUGAUAAUGACUUGGAUAUCGCAAAUGAUUUUGAAGGUGUUAAUGAUGCCUCUGUCCUAUAUUGUGAACGUUUUAUGGAGUUCCUUAUUGAUCUAUUGAGCCAACUGCCAACUAGAAGAUAUAUAAGGCCUGUUGUUGCUGAUGUUGCUGUGGUUGCAAAAUGUCAUUUAAGCGCUCUUUAUAGGCAUGAAAAAGGAAAACUUUUUGCCCAGCUGGUUGACUUACUUCAGUUCUAUGAAGGUUUUGAAAUUGAUGAUCAUUUAGGGAGACAAAUGACUGAUGAUGAGGUGCUUCAGGCUCAUUAUGAUCGUUUCCAGUCAUUCCAGCUUCUUGCAUUUAAGAAGAUACCCAAGCUACGGGAACUUGCAUUGGCAAAUAUUGGUGCAAUACACAGGCGUGCUGAUCUAUCUAAGAAACUUUCUGUGCUUACUCCUGAGGAGCUGAGAGAUUUAGUAUGCCGGAAGCUAAAACUGAUAUCAGUUGAUGAUCCAUGUUCAGAUAGAGUUGAUUUCUUAAUUGAAGUAAUGGUAUCUUUCUUUGAGAGACAACAGUCACAGAAAGAGGCCAUAAAUGCCCUUCCUCUUUACCCUAAUGAGAAAAUAAUGUGGGAUGAAAGCCUUGUACCAAGCAUCAACUACACCGGGGAAGGAUGCCUGGCACUUCCAAAGCUAAACCUACAGUUUCUGACACUUCAUGACUAUCUUCUUAGAAAUUUUAACCUCUUUCGCCUUGAAUCGACUUAUGAAAUCCGUGAGGACAUCCAAGAAGCUGUGCCACAUCUCCUUUCUUAUAUCAAUAAUGAAGGAGAGCCGGCCUUUCGAGGUUGGUCAAGAAUGGCUGUGCCGAUUAAAGAAUUUAAGAUUACAGAAGUUAAACAACCAAAUAUAGGCGAAGUAAAGCCAUCUGCUGUAACAGCAGAAGUCACUUUCAGCAUCUCCAGCUACAAAUCACAAAUAAGGUCAGAAUGGAAUGCACUUAAAGAGCACGAUGUGCUAUUUUUACUGUCUAUUCGUCCUUCCUUUGAGCCUCUCAGUGCUGAAGAGGCUGCUAAUGCAACUGUCCCCCAGAGGCUUGGUCUCCAGUUUGUACGCGGCUGUGAAAUAAUCGAGAUGCGUGAUGAGGAGGGAAUUCUCAUGAAUGAUUUUACUGGGAGAAUCAAGCGGGACGAGUGGAAACCCCCGAAAGGAGACCUUAGAACUGUUACUGUUGCGCUUGACACAGCACAAUACCAUAUGGAUGUUGGUGAUAUAGCAGAGAAAGGUGCAGAAGAUAUUUAUGGUACAUUUAAUAUAUUGAUGAGGAGGAAACCAAAGGAGAAUAAUUUCAAAGCCAUCUUAGAAUCUAUAAGAGAUCUGAUGAAUGAAACAUGCAUAGUUCCUGAUUGGCUGCACGACAUAUUUUUGGGCUAUGGAAAUCCUUCUGCAGCACAGUGGACUAAUAUGUCAGACCUCCUUGAAACAGUGGAUUUUAAAGAUACCUUCCUAGAUGCAGAUCAUGUUAGGGAGAGUUUUCCUGAUUAUCAGGUUUGCUUUGUCGACCAAGAUGGCUUAGAAAACUUGCAACCAAGCCCCCCCUUUAAGAUUAAGCUUCCUAGGAAUCUGAAAGGGAAAGCUCAUGCCCUUCCUGGAAGUGAGAAUUCUACUAUAGCUUUAGCUGAUGCUGCAGGCCUGCCAGAAGUUCAUUCUGAAAGAGACAAGCUUAUUGUCGAAGCAUAUAUCCCUCCUGAUCCAGGUCCAUAUCCUCAGGAUCAACCAAAGAGGAACUCGGUCAGAUUUACUCCGACACAGGUUGGAGCAAUCAUCUCAGGCGUUCAGCCAGGUUUAUCCAUGGUUGUGGGUCCCCCUGGUACGGGAAAGACUGAUACGGCUGUGCAGAUUUUGAACGUUCUCUAUCAUAAUUGCCCUUCUCAACGGACCCUGAUAAUCACUCAUUCGAAUCAAGCUUUAAAUGAUCUUUUUGAGAAGAUAAUGCAAAGAGAUGUUCCAGCUCGCUAUCUUCUCCGGCUUGGUCAGGGAGAGCAAGAAUUAGCAACUGAUCUUGACUUCAGUCGUCAGGGAAGAGUGAAUGCCAUGCUUGUUCGGCGGCUAGAACUGCUUAGUGAAGUUGAACGCCUUGCAAGGUCCCUUCAACUUCCUGAAGAUGUUGGUUAUACAUGUGAAACUGCGGGGUACUUCUGGCUGCUUCAUGUAUACUCACGGUGGGAACAAUUUUUAGCUGCUUGUGCUGCAAAUCAAGAUGAACCAACAUUUGUUCAGGAUCGGUUUCCCUUUAAGGAAUUUUUUUCUGAUACUCCCCAGCCAGUUUUUACAGGUCAGUCCUUUGGAAAGGACAUGCGUGCAGCUAAGGGGUGCUUUCGUCAUUUGAAAACGAUAUUUCAAGAGCUCGAAGAAUGUAGGGCAUUUGAAUUGCUCAAGUCAACCGUUGAUCGAUCUAAUUACCUGAUGACUAAACAGGCAAAAAUUGUGGCAAUGACAUGCACACAUGCGGCACUUAAAAGGAAAGAUUUUCUUCAAGUGGGGUUUAAGUAUGACAACCUGUUGAUGGAAGAAAGUGCCCAAAUUUUGGAAAUUGAAACUUUCAUCCCAAUGUUGCUUCAGAGGCAAGAAGAUGGCUAUGCUCGGCUGAAGCGCUGUAUACUGAUUGGCGACCAUCAUCAAUUGCCCCCUGUCGUGAAAAAUAUGGCUUUUCAGAAGUACAGCCACAUGGAUCAGAGUCUCUUCACAAGAUUUGUCAGACUAGGGAUUCCAUAUAUUGAGCUCAAUGCGCAGGGUAGAGCACGUCCAAGUUUAGCUCGGCUUUACAAUUGGAGAUACAGAGAACUGGGGGAUCUGCCUUAUGUGAAGGAGAAUGCAGUCUUUCAUAAAGCAAAUUCUGGAUUCUCAUAUGACUAUCAGUUAGUAGAUGUGCCCGAUUACAAUGGAAGAGGUGAAAGUGCCCCUUCACCUUGGUUCUAUCAAAAUGAGGGAGAGGCUGAAUACAUAGUCAGCGUCUAUAUGUAUAUGCGAUUACUUGGAUAUCCUGCGAAUAAGAUAUCAAUCUUGACUACUUACAAUGGUCAGAAACUUUUGAUCCGCGAUGUUAUAAACAGAAGAUGUGUCCCUUAUGACUUUAUUGGUCCACCACACAAG